AUGAAGCUGGCCGCCGCCGUCGCCAUCCUGGCCGCCAUGACGGCCGCCCACGCCAUGGUCGUCCAGAGAGACGACCCCGUCAGACAAGCCAUCGAAGGGGUGACCGUCUCCGUGAGGAACCUAGACGCCGUGACCAAGGCCUUCGACGGCAACAACAUCCAGCCCGUCGUGCAGGCGGCCGACGCCGUCGCCGCCGCCUGCCGGCAAGGCCAGUCGGAGGUCAAGGGCGCUCCGGACAUUGACGUCCUCGCCGCCUCCCGUCUGCUCGGCUCCGUGCAGGACCUGGAAAGGGCGGCCAAGGUCCUCUUCGACGACGUCAAGGCCCGCGUCAGCGCCGUCGAGAAGGCCAAGGCGUGCGACGUCGCCCGCGCCAAGAUGGGCGUCCUCAGCGCCGACGGCGGCAAGCUGGUCGACGUCAUCAUCGGCAAGAUGACGUCUGCGCUGGCCAAGGCCGUGGCCGCCCCCUACGCCGACGAAAUCAAGAGACUGCUCGCCAGGGCCAGGGACCUCUUCGCCGUGGGCCACUGCGUCAACAACGCCUGGUAG